AGUUUCUCUGGUGCAUUCGAAGGCAAAAGAACGUUAAUUCGCAGACAGCUGUUUGCUCUCAAACCCUCUUACUACAAUAUUUUUGCUUAGAGCACGUCUCAGCAAAGUUUACUUUCCAUUCAACUUUUUUUUUGGGUGGCUCACAAACCUUUCCCUCAAACGUACAAGACAAGUGCGGGCUUUUAGAGCAAAAGUAAUAAAUUAAAAUAAAAUAAAAGACAUUUGAAAAAAAAAAGUGCUAAAAUUGCGCAGAGACUCCACAAAAAUUUGUGAAUAUUUGCUUUUCAUUGAGCAGAACAGAGAACGUUUUCUCACAGAAAAAUAUUUUUUGGUGCCUUUCUUGACUUGCAAUUUUGUUAUUUUUUUUUACCUGAGAGCGAAGGUGUGUGCUUGCGUAUUUAAAGUGUUUCUCAACAUCAGAAAAAAUCCCAACUCUGAGUUCUCCUUCUCCUUUAAUCUCGUAUUCCUUUCCCACUCUUUUGGAUUACAAAUUUGUUCAAAAUUAAAACUUGAAGAAAAGAAAGAAAAAAAAGCUCAAUAAGCAAAAGGUGACCAAAAAAAAGUGCCUGAGACUCUCAUGGUGUGCCGACUAUGGAUUAAUUUCAACUGUACAUUUUAUCAUCGAUUGUAGUAGAUUGGCGCACACAGAUAAAUCACAAUGGGGAACUCCAAUAGUUUAGCGCACUACAGUCCGGACAUUGAGGAGAAAUGGCAUCAUUCCCUGCCGCAACCGACGUACCAGCAGCAAAUAAAGGUCCUCCCCGAUCUGGGGGAUGGGGCACGUCUUCGGCCCACCAAUAAUGGCGUCAUCCUCCACUCUGGUGGCACCCUCACAGGACGCAGGGAAUCCAUUGGAGCCAUCACGAGUGGUGUCCAUCGAUCACGCAGCAUCUCCUCGUCGACGCAUCAUCAUGAGAUGAAAUACAAACCUGGUGCUCUGCAGCGGCAUCACACUCAACUCGAAAUGGUACCCAAUGGGAGGAAUUAUGCUGCUCAGGAGAUGAACUACAAACGCUUUGGGUCGGAGCCUGAUUUGCGCUUCACCGAGGAUGACAUCAUCCAGCAGCAGGCGCGCAAUCAGCAACAGGGCAAGAUGCCGAAGGGGCGAAAGAAGAAGGUACCCAAUGCUCCAGCAGCACAGCCUGGCUAUGAAUACGAUCCUAGUCGCUUCGGGUGGAAGCCACGGCAGGAGAUUGAGAACCUUCCGGUGCAGCAACCGCGGAAGUUGAGGUUGUUCAAGACAAAGGCAGAGUCAAGUAAGAAGCCCAAUAAUCCCGCGAAAUUGGCAACAGAAGCAUCCGAUAUGCACUUCAGGAAGCCAUUUGUGGACAGGAGGAAUAAAUAUUUAAGGGAAAGUCGCCCAUCUCAAGACGAUAUCAACUUGAGACAGCCAGACUUUUCCGGCACAGCCAAAUCAAAGAUCCAACUGCUCCCAAUGCCGCAGUAUCGGCGGGAGAAGUCUUUCGAUCUGAGCCUCUUGCUGAGCCGAAAGAAGGAUGAGAGUAAACCCACACCUGUCCCAAAUACCUUCAGGAAGCUCUCGGAUGGGAAGGAGUUGGAUGUGAAGAUUGCUCCCACGAAUAAGGCAAAAGCUCCAACAUCUCCCAUUGCGAAGACAAAGGUCCGGCGAGCAUCGCAACCACCACAGGUGGUUGGAAAUGACUUCCAGAAGGAGCUUCAGGAAGCAACGAGAAGACGCUCAAUGGCAGUGAAGUUGCAAACGACGGAUAAAGCCCAGAAGGCAGCUGCUGAUGCAAAAUCUCCCGCCAAAGAGAUGAGCCCUGCGAGGAAUUACGCAGCGCCCAAGAAAGCACCCACGAGCAAACCUCUGGGUGACAUUGAGCAGAAGAUUGUGGCAAAGCCAAAGGAGCAGAUCACAAUAAAAGUCCCAGCACCGGAAACACCAAUCCCACAGCCGCCGUCGCAACCUAAUCCUCAACCUGCACAGCCUCAGGUGGAGAAAGUAGCUCCCAAGACUUUCUACUUCGGCAUGGGAGACCCUCAGAGUUCAAAGGUGGUUGAUUUGAAUGUUGAAAAGGUCGAAAAUGAGGCCAUUGACAUCUUCGCCGAGAGUAUCCUCAAUCUCAAGCGACGCCCACGCCUCACAGACUCCUCAGAGUCAGCCAUGUCAUCCGAUGCUGAGGAGAAUAUGCUGCAGGAUUUAGCAAAGGGAGACGAUGAAAUGGACAGCAUAUCCCUCAAACUACGUCCAACACUCCCCAAGAAGCAAUUUGAAAUCCCGAGAUUUAGUCCAGCAGCUGCAUGGAGAUUACUCUCAUCGGCAGCAGACACUGAGAAGGAAUUCAAUCCGUGGAAGAUUGAAAAGCCAGACAACUUCAGCUCGAGUGAUCGUCCUCCUGACACCUCGUCCCGCAAUGAGGAGAGAAUUGAGCGAAUCUAUCGUGAACCAAUUCCAGGCCUGCCGGACAACAAGAGCGGCGACAGUGGGAUAUCCGGUGAUGCAGGGCUCCUCGAAUUGACCGAUACAUCGCCAAUUAAUGUAAACAGUGCCACAGGAGAGGACCAAAAAUUGGGACCUUUUCUCUCACCAUGGACCCCACAGCAAGAUCUCGGGGAGGAGAGUAGUUCCGACGGGGAUGAAUUGAAGGAUAAGGCGCAGAAGGAGGAAUCCGAUCAAAAGCACGCCUUCAGCUUAUCCCUGCCACGUGAGAGUAGCAUCUACAGCGACAAAGUGGACAAGCAGUCCUUCAACAGCCUCCAGAGACUCCGAAGAACUGUUUCAGGAGCUCUAAAUGGGCAUAGUGAACCCGGACAGCUGGACAUUCCACCCUAUCGCAAUGAUAAUUGGUUUCUAAGUCGAUCUGCUCCAAAUUCCAUCGAGAAGAAUCCUCUUCCAUCCAUUUCUGAUCAGGAGGACAUUGACAAAGAUAUUCCACCACCAAUGAAUAUUGUUCCAUCAAUGCAACCUCCGUCAUUUAGUUACUUAGCCGGUGGGAAGCAUUUUAUGUACCUGCCGCAUCGAUCGGUAGUUAAGAGUGACUCACUCAAGGAGAAGAGUCCACCAGUCAAGCGAGAAGAGGAAACCCAGCAGAAUCACAGAGAAAGUCUUCAGGAUUCACCAGCACCGUGGACUCCUCCAGUGAUGAAGACAUCAAAGUCAAAGAAUCAUCGCUUCACCUUCCAGAGCACAGUGCGUCAAAUUGAACGACGCCGGCUGGCUGAGAAGCUCUCCAAGGAGGCCGAACAGAAGGAAGCACAGCGCCUUAGUGAACUGGAGGCAAUGCGGAGAGUUGAGGAGGAAUUCCAGAAGAAACGUGCACGGGAGAAGGCCUCAAUUCGGCAGCAAUUGAGGAUGUUCUCUCUCGAGGAGAACGGCAGCAAUUGCACGAGUUUGCCGCCUGAAUGGCAAGUCAAUACAGCCAGAGCUGAUCCCGAUGGAGCCGUUUCGAGUCCAACACCAAGUCCCACAGCCGAAGAUGGCCAGGACACCUACAAGCGUGAUGCAAGGAAGCUAAGUGACGACAUGAGUAUCUUUAUGCCACCACCAAUGUCCCGGAAGCCCCUUCAUACGGAAAUCCUGUCCGAGAUGCGCCUCUCCGGGCGACGGUACUUUGACUACAAGCCCGAAAAUGCAUCCUUUGGCAAUCGUGCUAAUCACUUGCCGCAAAUUGUGGGCCACAUCCCCGCCAGGAGAGAUGUCGAGGAAGCCAUGCGCUUCUAAUGAGCCUGCGUGUGGAGCAUUUAAUAUCCAUUUUCUAGUCAGUGUUCUCACUUCUUCUACCUUCUCGAGAGUCCCCCAUCCUGGACGUGAAUCUCUUCCCCUCACAAAUUCCCUUCCUUUGAAUUUCCUCAAAAAAAUGGUUAAUGGGCUUAUGGCUAUAUUGUAGUUGCAAUUAACGCGAUUUCUUCCUGCAGAAGACGUUGGAGAAAGAAGUUACCUGACUUUUUUUUUAAUUGAAGCAAAAAAACUAUUUUUUGCAUUCUAUUUAAAUGGGGUAAUCAUUUUUUUUUAUUUUUUUAAAAAGCUUUGCACAAAAAACAUUAAUUUGUACUUCAAAAAAAUGUUAAAUCUUUUUUUUUAAGAUGGAGUUUUAAAAGAAUAAAAGUCAAUGUGCAAUAAGAAUUUUUUCAGAUCACUCAAAAGUAAUUUUACAGAUAAUUUAAAAUUAAACGAUAAUAUCAGGGAAUGUAAAAAAAAAUGUAGUGCAGUAAAAAAAAUUAUUUGGCAGUUAAAAUUAUGUGUUGAUCAGUAAAAUAUUUUCAUUAUGAAUAAAGGUUAAUUCAUUAAUAAUUUGAUAAUUAAUUGGGAUUAUUGGUUAAAAAUCCAUGAAAUAAAAUUGAUUUUUUGUUACUCUAAAACCACAUUAAAGAAUUUUAUGCAUAGGACAAAAUAAAUUUCUUUACUGAUCAAUGAGAAAAAAACUUUUUUUAAGUUUUUGAUCAACAAAUCUUACUGAUCAAUUUAAAUUUUAAUAGUCAGUUUUGUUUUCCAACUGCCUAAUUUACUGAUUAACUGAUUUUUCUAAUUUUACUGACCAAAAAUAUUUUAAUCCAAUAGGGCAAUUACAGUCCAAUAGUCAAUUACAAUUUUUACUGACAGAAAAAUUUUCAGAUAUUCAUUUCUUACUGUUCAAAAUGAUUUUAACUGCUAAAGAAAUAUUUAACUAAUUGGUUUUGUUUCACUCGUUUCACUUCUUUAAGAUUAUUGAAAUAGUUCAGAAAAAUCAGAAAAAUCGGUUUUAAAAUUAAUUAAAAUUUAGGCAUUAAUCAAGCAGAUCAAACUGAUUGAUUUACUGAUCAAGUUGCUUUUAAAAA